CGCCUGGCUCGGUUCUUAUCAAAAAUACGCUGAGUCGGUUUUAUUGUUUAUAUACGAUACGAUUAUGACACUUACAUGCGAUUAUGCGGAUUUUACACAAAAUUCAAAAUUGUUGUCAUUGGCAAAAAUUUUUUAACUUUAUGAAAUAAAUAUUUCUUAUUCACAAGCAACCAUUUUUUCGAUUUUUAUACUUAAAGUAAUAAUUAAUUCUUACAUCGUUUUUCGUACUAUGUGAUUGUGUUUUAGUAUUCAUCAACAAGGGAUAUAUAAUACUGUCUAUACAUAUUGUUUUUUUUUGUUUGUCAAUGGUGCAUAUUAAAUUUCUGGUGCUCUAAAUAGUUCUUAUAAUGAAAUUCUGUUAUUAAAUCAGUCAUUCCAAGUAUGGAAACCAAUCAUCCAGAGUCAACGACGCAAGUUGAUGCCAUGGACAACAUCAAACAUGAUCGUUCUACAAACUAUGGUUCCCUGAUUAACAAUAUAAGUCAUAUGCCAACAUUUGGUCUACCAGCAAGUGCCUAUGAAUUAAAUUCUAGUGCAAGAUUAACUAUAAGAUUUGAUAGAGAAAUGUUCAACAGUAGUCUAUUUGAGAAUGAAAUAGAAAUCAGUCCAGCAUUUCGAUUUAAUAGAAAUGAUUUAUUCAGACCUCCCCACUUUGAUUUCAGUCAUAGAAGUAGCACACUACUGAAUGGACAAUUUUCUACACCCAAAGAAAUGGUUCAAAAUUUAGAUACCAAAAAGCAUUUACAAGAGUUUGGUUUAAAAAAAUCUGAGGUUAAAGCCAAACUAUUUAAAUGUGAUGUGUGCAAAAAAUCAUUUUCUAGUUCUGGUGGAUUGACUGUCCAUUAUAGAACACAUACAGGUAACAAACCUUUCAAAUGUGAUUUAUGUAAUAAAACUUUCUCAAAUUCAAGUCAUUACAAUUACCACAUGCGUGUACAUUCAGGAGAUAAACCAUUUAAAUGUCAUGUGUGCAACAAAGAAUAUUCUUGUGCUAAUGGUAUCUUAUACCAUCAGAGAACCCAUCACUUUUUACAAGAUACAAAACCUCUAAAAUGUGAUGUAUGUGACAAACUGUUCUCCAGCAUUGGUGGUCUGACUGUUCAUUAUCGCUCUCACACUGGUGACCGCCCAUUUAAGUGCGAUGUGUGUUUUAAGACAUUUACAAGUUCCAGUCACUGCAAGUAUCAUCAGAAAACUCAUUCACAGUUGAUAACAAAAAAAACCUUGAAAUGUGAUAUUUGUAACAAAUUAUUCUCCAGUUCAGGAGGCCUUGUAGUUCAUUAUAGAAUGCAUACAGGUGAUCGUCCAUUCAAAUGUGAAGUUUGUUUCAAAUCAUUUACCAGUUCCAGUCAUUUCAAGUAUCACCAAAAAUCACAUGUGAUUUCAAAUGAUAAAAAAACAUUGAAGUGUGAUGUAUGCGAUAAAUUAUUUUCUAGUGCUGGUGGACUAGUUGUUCAUUACCGUACACAUACUGGUCACAGACCAUUCAAAUGUGAUAUUUGCUUAAAAUCUUUUACUAGCUCAAGUCACUUUAAAUAUCACCAAAAAACUCACAUGGUUAAUGUUUAAUGUAGCAUAAAUAUAUUUUAGCCAAGAGAAACUAAUAACUUAUUAA